GUGCCGAGCCUCUGCCCAUUCGAGUAGCUACAUGUACAGUACACUCUUUUUCUGCCAGGUGGUCGAUGUUGUCGGGACCUGGCAUCACUUACUUGAUUAGAGCAUGGGAUGCAAGGAUCGAUGCAAAGCUAUCUGGCAGCACAAUAUUUGAAUGCUGGCUGCUUCUUCCAGGCAGUAGCAGUUAGUUGUUUCAUGUGAGGUAUCCCCCACCUUUAGUACCCAGCAUCAUGACAGCUAUUGGAUCCAGAAACAAUGUCCGGGAAGCUCGGACGCUACGUACCGUAUACUCGAGCUUGAUCGAGACACGUGUCAUUUUCGUCCUGCUCAUGGCAUGCCUGGUUUUCAUUUCCUACUUUGAGAGCAAUUCGGAAGAAGUGCAGCUCUUGCGAUCAACUAGCUGGCGUUCGUUGAUAGAACGGGUGGAUGUUGGAGCAUUGCCAAAGUGGGGGGAGGAGGAGGAGGAGAUUGUCGAAAGAGCCGAUGCAGCUCCCAGAGGACUGAGGAGGUCUCCUCUGGACAUACCCGAAGGUGAAGCGGUUGCGUUACCAUCUAUCCGAACUGAAGUGCAGGUCGAUCGAAAGCAUUACGGAGGACAUGGGGAUAAGCAACAUCUCGGAGGUUUUACAACAUACGACAAGGACGGGGUAUCGCCAUGGACAUGGAAGUACAUGGUGGAGACGCUCGGUGUCAAGAGUAUCAUGGACGUGGGCUGCGGCAAGGGAGUCUCAUCCCUUUGGUUUGUGCACCACGGUCUCAAGACAUUGUGCUUGGAAGGGAGCCAUGAUGCUGUGGAGAACACACUGCUGCCCCAUCCCGAGAAGCACAUUGUGGAACACGACUUUAGCCGUGGCCCGUACUGGCCAGCAGAUACGUAUGAUGCCGUUUGGUCGGUGGAGUUCGCCGAGCACGUGGGACGUAACUUCCACCACAACUACAUUCAAGCCUUCCGAAAGGCUGCCCUGAUCUUUGUAACGCACAGUCAGUGGGGUGGCUGGCACCACGUUGAAGUCCACGACGAUGAUUGGUGGAUCAACAAGUUUGAAAGCUUUGGAUUCCGCUACUCUCCCAGUCUCACCAAACAGAUCCGAAAAGUUGCCUCCGAAGAGCGCGACCAUUGCAAGGACAAGAACAAUGAAGACGAUCCUGCCUGUGUUGGUCCGGACGGCAAGCUCUACAGUGCCACGCACAUUUGGCUUCACAUGCAAGUCUUUAUCAAUCCCAUGGUAGCCUCUCUUCCAGAACAUGCACACCUGUUUGCUGAAAAAGGAUGCUUUGAGAAACGAGAAAAUGGAAAGUUUGUCAACCGCGACUGCGGCCAAUCAAGUAAUGGCGCUGCGACUGCGGAGAGCGUCUUGCCCGAAUCUUUCUUGCCACUGAAAUUGACACCGAAACAGGAUAAGAAAUGGUUCCGUGCUAUUCAGGAGCACAUUGAGGAGGAGACGACGGGAAGUACCAGUAGUGACAGUUGAGCAAUUGCUGGUGCGUAGUACAACAGUUGAACAUACAUCAUUAGGACAGCAUGAAAUCUUUGCAUUUUAGGGAUGUGGUAUCGCGAAGCUCUUUUAGCCAGGACGUUGCAACGCGGAUAACACCUAGCAACUAGAAGAAAGGAGAAACAAGAAUGUAGCUGCCAUCUCUUCAAUUCAAUUAAUCAAAGAGAUGCCACACAGCCAUUGAC